AUGGGUAACCUAGGAGGAUAUGCCUCUUUCAGAGUCCACAACUUAGUAGAGAAGUCCACGAAUCCUAUUUGGGGAACUCUAGGAGUCCUAGUUGGAGAAUUCUUCUAUGUCAAGGAAUCCGAGGUUACGAUGAUGUUUGUGACAUUGGAGAAAAUUUCAGCACAAGACCCUAAAUAUGCUGAUAUUUUGCUUUUAGAGAACUAUGCCGCAUUUCAGAAUAGUUUGUAUGACCUAGCCAAUGUCGUGCCCACUUUAGCAAAAUUUUAUCACCAGGCAAGUGAAAAUUAUGAAUUAGCUUGCACACGUCAUAUCAGCAUGAUUAUAUAUUAUCAAUUUGAAAGACUUUUCCAGUUUGCUCGAAGAAUUGAGGAUUUGGUAUACACAACAACGCCAGAAGAGAUUGCAUUUCAAGUUGGACUGUCAAAAAUGGAUUUACGGAAGGUGGUGAAAGCAAGUUUAUCAGGAGUUGACAAGUCCAUCAAUGCAAUGUAUAAGAAAUUACAGAAGAACUUAACCUCGGAGGAGUUAUUGCCAUCUUUAUGGGACAAAUGCAAGUACAUAGUUAAGGAUUUUUUGGACAAGUAUCAUAGCUUUGCAGAACUUGUUGCCAAGGUGUACCCGACGGAAAACAUCCCAGCUGUGUCUGAAAUGAGAGAUCUUUUAGCAACCAUGUAG